AUGGAAAGUGAUCCACUGGGACAGAAUAGACCGUUCAGACAUCAGAUAGAUUCUGACGAGGAAGAUGAGGAUAUGCAUGGUGUAUAUCUUGGUCAGCAGUCAAGAAAGCCUGAGAGCUUUGAUAUAACUGUACAGUUUAAGCAUGCUAUAGAGGCUUCUGUACAUUACAAACCACUUAUCGUCGCUAUUGGAGAAGUUGGACGUAAUCUCAUCAACAGAAUGUCACUUGAAGAGGUAUCAAACGAAUUGGUAGCUGACAAACAAAUCAUCGCACUUCUCUUAUCGCUCAGCGAGAAUGAUGCAAAUGUACUCUAUAUCCCCUCACAACCGGUUUUAGAAUUGACACAACAAGUGAGUAGAACAAUACUCGAUGCGUUAAAGCCAUCCACCGUCGUCAUAAUUGACGGAUACCCAAACACGACAAUAUAUUUGCCUGAAUCAGACAGUGAGAACCCUCCUCUUCUCCAACUGGCGAACGUCAACGAGGAGAAAGUCACAAACGUUGGUAUCCUGCCAGCACCAAACAUCGUCGAAGGACUCUCAGCUGCGUUACUCUCGAGUGGACUCUUCACCGAGAAAGUUACCACAAUAGUUGGCUUUCUUCUACCUACACUGGCACCAUACACACCCGUUGUCAGUCAGCGUCUAGUAAACAGUCUCACAAUUACCGCGAGAUCGAAGAGCGAAGACCUUGACGAUUUCAUAGAAGAAGAUGAGCGUUAG